AUGGCAGAUCUCAAACGUGCUUAUGCACUCCCCUAUGUAUCAGUUGCGCCAAGAAUCAGACAGUAUCUUCAAGAUACAAGAGCAAAAAAUAAGAAUGUCUCCAACUGGCUGACACACGACGCCACUGAUAAAUCUCCAUUAUCUCUGGAUCAAAGUCUGAAAGCUAUCAAUGAUGUGGUGGUUUUAUACAUCAACAAUACGGCAACGCCAGAUUCUGAUCCCGAGAUCGUGAAGUACCAAACUGAGCGCCAUGCUUGGGUAACCAUCAACAUGAUUUUCAAUCUGAGAGCUGAUUUCCCUGGCGUUUAUCCGUAUCUGAUCACUCCAACCGCCAUACAAACCCCUGAACAAAAGUCCAAGUGGAAGUCUGUUUCUGUAGAAGAUGUUGCUGUUUGGAAGAGCAUGGGCAACCGUGCUAUGUUUCAAGGGAAGGAAACUCUAGAUUUGCCGUGGUCGAGACUUCUGAAGACCAGCCUUCAUGGUUGGAAGAUGGAGGAUGGAAUCCCCAUCCCAUUCUUUGGGCGUCUGAUCCACCACCGCCGAGCAUUCCUCCUGACCACCGGCAUCAACUUCCGGACAAUGACCAGUUUCCAGAGGAAGGUCGGGUCUCGAAUCAACGUCACCGUUGAAAGACCUGAUCGAAGAGACGGAGAAAAUGCAUCCAUGGUCUGCAUUUAUCUGAACAUCAAAAACUCUUCUGAUUAUCGCAAAGAUAAUAUUCUGAUGGAUGUCGCGUACAUUUUGACCUUCCUGAGCAUGUACAAGACCACCGUCGGUCAAUACAACUCUGGUCAAGUUGAAUGUCCUGACAUUGUCCAGAUGUGGGACUCUUUCGUGACUUCUGAUUACCCACAUUCUGUGGCGUUUAAGUUGCCCCCUCCCAUCGUGGCCCCAUCUGAACAAGAAGAUGAUGACGCUGAAUACGACCGCAUGGCUGAGGAAGAAGAUCGAAAGAUCAAAGAGGCUGAGGAGAAGGCAAAGGCCGAGCAAUUGGCAACCAAAGCAAACAAGGCAGCUGAAGAAGCUGAGGAGAGAAAGCGGGCCGAGGAGGAGAAGGCAGCCGAAGCAAAGAAGGCAGCUGAGGCAGAGAAGGCUGCUGAGGCAGAGAAGGCAGUUGAAGAAACUAAGAAGAGAAAGCGGGUCGAGGAGGAGAAGCCGGCUGAAGAGAAGACAUGGGAACACCCUCUGAUCAAGAAUCCUCUCCAAAAACCUGAUUGGUUUCACCAGAAGACUUUAGGUUGGAUGAUUUCAAAUUACUCUGAAGAAUUAUCGGGAGAUGAACUCUUAAUGGUGUUGAGAAGAGAUUUUGGUAUCCGUACCAAAGUCUGAUCUCCGAAUCGUGUUGCGAGGGAUGAAUCAUUUCUGAUUCAUACUCUGAAUUUCAGUGGCAUAUCAACAUUGCUGUGGGUAUGAAGUAAAAGAAAUAGCACCACAAUACUACCUUCUUCAAAC